UAGGUCGCUGCUAGGUGUACAGCGAAACAUAAACAUGGCGGCCAUAUCUUCCAGAUACCCGCUUGGAUCUCCUCAAGAACACAUCCCAAUGUGUGAAAAACACGAUUUGACAAUAGACCUGUCAUGUGAGGACUGUAAUGAGUUUAUUUGUUCACAAUGUGCCAAGACAGACCACAAGGACCACGACUGGAAAACUAUACCCACAGCAGGAAGUCUAAGGAGAAGAGAGCUAAAGAAGAUUUUGAGUAAGGUUAAAGAGGAAGAUGUAACAGAGAUUAGUGAAAAGAUAAAGAAGGCAUCCAAACAAAUUGAGGACAACCAAAAAUGUUGUGAUUCUGAGGUCGCUAGGCUUCAGACACAGUUUGAUGCGAUUGUUUCAAAACUGGAAGAAAUCAAGAAAAAUUAUGAGAAAACAUUGAGUGAAAAUCUGGAAAGAAAAAAUGGUGAAGUUAGCCAGAAGAAAUUAGACUUAGAAAAGAAAAAGAAACAGGUAAUGGAUCUUGUUAAAUUCCUGGAAGAAAACAACAACACAAUGUCUGACCAUAGUUUGAUUGAAAACCUAAGAGACUUGUCCAAUCUUCUGUCCAACAGGGAUUGUGAUUUAGAUAAGGGGGAUCAUUCUGUGAGAUACAGAGGAGGGGGUAUCAGUGAGGGUUUACUGGUGUCCAUGAUGGGACAAACAAUUGAUUUGGAUGAUUUCACUGUUACUGAGACUGGUUCAUUUCAAUAUGGAGAUAAAUGUAUAAUUAUUAUGGAGGCAAUUAAUGAGGAUUCAUGUUUCAUGAGAGGUUUAACAUCAAGUUACAUUGAACAAGUUAAUAGGAAGAAUGAAAGGGAAACAAAAAUCAGUAUCAAGGUAAAUAAUUUGUGUGUUACAGACAAUGGUGAUGUGUAUGCCACUGAUUUUAUUAACAAAUCAAUUGUCCGUCUGUCCCCGUCAGGCUCAGUCUCUACAGUAUUUAGUACAGCCCCACUGGUACCUUUCGGAAUAUGUCAAUCAACAGAGGGUCUGCUGGUCACAUUGAAAUAUAAUGAAUCAGAACUACAUGAACUAAACUCACACAGCAGACAUCUGGUCAGACACCUGACUCUGACCGGUGACGUCAUCCGUGACUACGAGUACCAGGAGGACGGUCAGACCAGGCUGUUCACUGUACCACUGAGAGUUAAACAGAGCACUAAUACUGAUGUCUGUGUGGUUAACCGGACAAGUGUAACUACAGGUGAACUGGUUAUUCUAUCUGUAACUGGGUCUCUGAAGUUGGUCUACCGUGGACAGAAACUGUUUAAAAAAUUUAAUCCAACUGAUGUAGUGUUUGAGUCACUUUGCAACAUCAUCGUGAGUGACCUAAAUAACAGCAAGAUAUAUCUCCUGAGUCCUGAUGGGGAGUUUAUGAAGUACUUACUGUCAGAGACUGAAGUAACAAAUCCGAGGUCCAUGUCUCUGUAUAAAUCCACACUGUGGGUGGGGAACCACCACGGACUUGUCAAAGUGUUUCAGCUCAGUAAAACUUAAGAUAAUAAAUAACAUUAAAUUGUAACAAUUCUUAUCAAUCAAUAUUAAAAGAAGUUAAUAACAUUUUACCAGCUUACCAAAACAUCAACAUUGUAUUACAUAUGCAACAUUAAAGAACAUGUGUGUUAUAAUAGUAUAUUGUGUAUAUACAUAUAUAUCAUAAGACAGGGGCUGUACAUAAUUACUGUCUGUUCAGUACAUCAGAUCCAUUUACUACGUAAGCUAACACUGUUCAGUACCAGAUGCAUGAACUACCUAAAUGUUUUAUCAGAAGAUUGAUUAGCUCUUUGAUUGGCUGAUACUAGUAUCCUGCAAUCUACAAAAAAAAUAAAACGUUAUUUACAUCUGCAUGUGAACUAGAAUGUCAGUAUAUAACAUUUGAUAUUUUCUACAUUGGACUAAAAAGGACCUUUGAGGUAAAGGAGUGUAUAAUGAUAUAUAUUCUGUCUGCAUUAAAACAAUUUUUAAAAAAUUUCAAUCUCAUGUUUUAUCACAUUGUUUUUUUUUUUAACUUUUAUUUUGGUUUGCCUAUGAUAUAACAUGACAUGUGGAAGUUAAUUCAAAAGUAUAGCUGAAUUGUAAAAGUUGGAAAAUUACUUUAAAUUUUUAUGAUCUUAUUCCCUAUAAUGACACCAAAAAUUAACCAUACUGCAUAUUUAUACAUUUA